CUCAUGAAGUCUUCUUCCACCGGCCGGUUUCCUUCCCACUGAAUUUUCAACCGGAUCAGCUGUUGGAGCUCGGAAAGAGGAACAGAAUGCCACAGUCAGACACGGGCGGUGUGAAGGCUUUCCCCAUUGAGGGACCCUUCAAGAAUGAACGGACACGUUUAGCAGGCAUGACAGAUGCCGAUAGAGCUUAUCGCAAACAGUGGCUAAAGGAUCAGAUUCUGUCUCCAAAUGAACCUCGUACAGUGCCAGGGUUCUAUGAAGCUCGUUACAACCCCAUUCGUCGGUUCUACAGGUGGCCUCUGGACACCCUCUUCAAGCCUCUUGUUUCCGUGAUGGGUCUUCAGAGAGCUGCAAAAUACCGUUGGUUUACUGGAAAGUUUGCUAUGGCAGGUGGUGCUGCAUUGCUUACAUACUACUACUUCAAGUAUAAUGCAAACGACUGGACCCGCAAGGGAGGCUGGCGAGUCCUGGAAGCCCGCCCAAUCAUCACCCCAGCUGAUUCAAGAUACCCAAUGGUCUCUGACAGGAAGGAAGCAUCCGAUUAUGCUGCAAGAGGCUUCAAGUCUAGCCCUAUUUAAACCUCUUUCAAGAAUAUUUGAAUGGUAGAACAUUGGUUUAGAUUGCAGGUGAAAACAUCAUAAGUUUAAAUUUUCAGUGUCUGACGAGUGGAAACUGAUAUUUUACAUUUGAGACUAGAUAUUGAGAAUAAUAUUUAUAACAAGGAGUGAAAAUUGUCCCUCUUAUAACCUGUAUAGGGAAACAAAGGGAAUAAAAAGUCCUGGAAUGGAUUUGAUUAACCAUUUUGUUAGGGUGUUUCAUUUCCUUGGCUCUGUGUAAAUAAUGAGAAUAUGUUCAUAAUGUGUAAUAAAUAAUUUUGAAUUUA